UCCUUAAAUACAACCCCUGCAAUCAGCUUCAGGUGUUUGGCUGACUGCAGGGGUGAGUCUCUGAUUGCUGAGAGCACCCGCUGGCCAGCCCUGGUACUGCAGCCCACAAGGCAGGUGAGUCCCACCAUUAUUGGCAAGUCCAUUCCUGACACUGUCCAUAAUUUUAAAGGGUGCCUCGGGACUGUCCAUAAUUUUAAAGGGUACCUCGCGACUGUCCAUAAUUUUAAAGGGUGCCUCGGGACUAUCCAUAAUUUUAAAGGGUGCCUCGGGACUGUCCAUAAUUUUAAAGGGUGCCUCGGGACUGUCCAUAAUUUUAAAGGGUGCCUUGGGACUGUCCAUAAUUUUAAAGGGUGCCUUGGGACUGUCCAUAAUUUUAAAGGGUACCUU